AGGCGAGUGUGCCCUCCAUGCCUCUUGGACUCUCCGUGGCAUAAGACCAAGCUAUCCUUUGCGACGCUUUUACAUGUCCAAGACGAGAAGGCUGAAGAACGAUGUCUUCCGGCAUGCGUCGUGCGGAUGCGCCUCCGAAUCCCUUGAAGAGGCCUCGGCAGGAACCAAUUUCUUGCCAGUUCUGCAGGUCAAAGAAAUUGAAGUGUGACAGGCAGCAACCCUGUUCGAAUUGUGCAUCUAGAGGACUUGCCUGCGAUGGGAAAUUGGCCCCCUAUGUCCGGCGCCCGCCCGCGUUGGUCGAAGAUCCGAACGGCCAGUCAGUUCUUGCGCGAUUGAAGCGACUUGAGGACAUCGUCAUUGGGAGGAGGUCUACCCUGGACACGAAAGGCACGGCCCCUGAUACAUCUCCACCACUGGUGCAAUCCAGAACCCUUUCCUCGCCGAGCCUUGCCUGCCUCUCACCAGCCUCGGAAUACGAACAAGCCGUCCACAGCCUGGAAGAGACUGGUGCCCACGAAACACCAUUGGUCUUACCACGAGGCCAUGACAUCCGCAUAAUGUCCGUGCGCGAAAUCUCCCUCGAUCCUGACAAACCCUUCUAUUUUCAGGCGGCCUCGAACUGCCUUUGUCUGCCGCCGAAGGAGGAAGCGACACUGUUAAUGAACCACUAUUUCAAAUACAUUGACGACCUCCAACAUGUCGUCCACGUUCCGACCGUCCAGAGAAUGAUGCAAAAUCUCUAUAACAGUCUGGAGCAAGGUCACUUCGUCGUCCCCUCCGAAGUUGCGCUAAUGCUCAGCAUCUUCGCUAGUGCUUCGGCCCUUUGCGUUUACUUUCUGGGAGAAACCCGGCCGUCAUUUUCGUCAUCGGACGCAGCUCAAGCGUCCUCAUUCUGGAUAAAUGCUGCGCUGGAGGUAAUAGAGUCUUCUCGCCGCACGGUUUCAAGGAAGCUGGAGGAUGUCCAGGCCGCCAUCAUUCUUGGUUUCCUUCUGUUUCAUAGCGAGGGAUUUUCGACCAGAGCUCGUUGCCUGUUCGCUACUGCGGCAGCCAUGGCUCGCGAUCUGUCACUGCACAAGGUUGACGCACCAGGCAAUGCCGGAAACCAACGGACCACAUUGGAGAGUGAGAUAGAACGCAGGGUUUGGUGGCACGUCGUGGCAACUGAUUGGUUAUUGAGUCUGAGUGGAGGUCCUCAAGAAGGGACAUAUUUGAUCCAGCCGCGACAUAUGCGCGUGAAUCGGCCAAGGAACGUCGACGACGAAGACCUCUACCCAGGUAGCCCUCCCAUCGACAAACCCUUAUCGGAGCCGACCAUCAUGUCAUACUAUAUCCAGAGGAUCAAGCUCGCGGAUAUCUGCCGCAGCGUCGUCGACGUGAUGCCUUUAUCGAGCCUAGAACUGGGGACGAUCGACUACCAAGAAGUGAUCCGACUUGAUAGCAAAUUCGAGUCCUUCCUUCAGGAGCUACCGCCAUUCUUCAAGGUCGACGAAUACCACCUGCGAGAAAGCGAACCGGUCAUGCGUCGCUACCCGCAGAUGCAAGUACAGCGCUUCGCCUUGGGCAUGAUCGGACAAACCAGACGGUGCAAACUUCAUCAACCCUUUCUCAUCCGCCGCGCUGUGCAGCGCCAUUAUGACUACUCUCGCGAGAUCUCGCUCAAGUCGGCUCGCUCGGUCAUCCGGAUGAAGACGCUCCUGCAACUCGAUGAACCGGGCAAUUUCAUGUCAGUCAUCGCCAAGCACACCGGCGUCGUCUACCACAUCUUCAUGGCGACCAUUGUGCUGGUGAUGGACCUCUGCUUCAACGAGGCUGCGGAAGGGGAAGAUGACGCUGCGCGCAAGGCCGAGGUCGCGGAAGCCUGCAAGAUGCUGGAAGAGGCCAAGUCCCAGUCGCGCAUGGCGCAUGAGUUUCUCGAAUCCCUCAUGAACGUGCUCAGAAAGCACAAGGUCCGCUUGCAUGCGCCUGACCCGCCUGGGCCGGGCAAUGCCACAGAGCCACCGCCCUCUCAGCAGCCUUUGCAGCCUCAAAUACCUCUGGGUCAUGCGGUACAACAAGGAUCGCAGUCGUACGACAACGCUUGGCCCUCCGAAGACAUCAGUCAGCACUACCUCUCAGAUUUUGACGAGAUUUGGAAGGAGUACGUCGAGUUAGGGCCCAAGAUAGGGAUGCCGGGCUGGGACAGCCUCUUCUCCGACCUUGAUGCGAGGAUGUGAGUGUAUUUCAGCUGCCUGCAGAGAAUUGCUACAACACAGCCUCUCAAGAGGCCAAAGCUCUCCACUUGAAGAAAGUGUAUUCAUCAAGAAAGUUGUAUAUUUCUGUGGCG